AUGGUGGAGGAGGUGGAACACCAGGGAAAAUCCACUACGUCUUUUUCCACAGAACUAAUACCAAGUAGAGCUGCAGAUGCAAAGUUGAAAAUCACGUGGAGCCUUUCCUUUGUCAGUCCGGCAGCACCUCGGACAGGCGCUUCAGGAAGCGAGGAUGAAGAGGUGAGAGUCUCCCCGUGUGGACAGCGCCUGACCGAGCUAGGGCGGAAGAGCACGCGUGGAAGACAGCGAUUACCGGAGCCCAUUACCGCUCCGGGAUUGCGAGCUCCUGCGUCCCCAGGCGCUUCCAAAGAGUUUCCCUCCCCUCGUCGAUCUUUUCUUUUUCUGGUCCAGGAUAAGAAUUUGAGUGGAAGGAGGGCUAGGAAGCGACGAUCAGGGUCCUCCUGCCACCGGAGCCAACUCAGCCCUCAGCAGAGAAAGCCGGGCUUGAACUCCUUCACCUGGGAUACAGGGAGAAGAGAGUUGGCUAAUUCUUCUUUCAGUCCUGUGGCAGCAACAUCACCUCCAGUCACUGAGGUCCAAGCCAGAUGUGAGGCUAGAAUGCAACUUAUCCAUGAGGAGGAGAUCUGCAAGUUGCCAGGCAGACUCAGAAUUCAGCCUUCACUGUGGAGUAAGGAGGAUGUGAUCCACUGGCUAAGAUGGGCUGAGCAGGAAUACUCUCUCCCACAGACAGUGGAGCACAAUUUCGAAAUGAAUGGGAAGGCCCUCUGCAUCCUGACCAAGGAUGACUUCCGAUACCGAGCUCCCGGCUCAGGUGAUGUCUUAUAUGAGCUGCUUCAGUAUAUUAAGACACAGAGGAGAGCCCUGGUCUGCGGACCCUUCUUCAGCUCGCCCUUCAGGUCUGGGAUCCCUUUCCAGAAGCCUCUCUAUCCUGUGGAAGGGAGGAAUAGCCCCUUACUACCUACCUCUCAAGGAGUUCUCCUAUCACACCUUCGGGACAAGGUGUCCAGCAAUACCUCUGGCCAACUGCAUCCUACCUCUCUGCCAAAAGGGACUUUCUUCAGGGAAGAGCCACUCAAUCUCUCCCACCCAUCAGAUGUCACCUAUAGGGCAGAAGUCAUUUCUUCCUUUCAUAGAACAAAGCAAACCUCUACUGAUGGAAAACUUGCAGACUGCCGCUUGCUAUGGGAUUAUGUGUACCAAUUGCUCUCAGACAGCAAGUAUGAGCCCUAUAUCAAGUGGGAGGACAAGGACUCCAAGGUCUUCCGAGUGGUUGAUCCAAACGGACUUGCCAGGCUCUGGGGAAAUCACAAGAACCGGGCCAACAUGACCUACGAAAAGAUGUCCAGGGCUCUUCGGCAUUACUACAAACUGAAUAUUAUCAAAAAGGAGCCAGGACAGAAACUUUUGUUCAGGUUCCUGAAAACUCCUGAUGAGAUCGUUAAGGACAAAAUCAGCAAGUUGGAGCAGCUGGAACACCAGGAUCAGGAAGGACUGGAUUUUAAGGAGGAGAUGCUAGAAGUCUCCCCCUAAGAAAGGCAGAGAUGUGUCUCUGAUAAAGGAGAGUUUUUAACCUGAGGAGAAGAAAGAAGCAGCAGCCCACUCACCUUUUGCUCCAAGGCUUAGAGAAGUCAGAGAUUAUUGAUGAAGGGCAAAAAUGUGGAAGGAAGCAUCCUUCAAGUGCUCUUCCAAGGAUUCAAAUCUGGGACUCAAAUCUGGGCUUCUAUCUAGGUCAUCCCACAGCCACAGGAUGCCAGAAGCCAAGACGGACAGUACUCUUGCCCCUACAGACCCUUUCCUUAAAUGUCCUUUUGGAGAACUCUAGAGGACUGGGUCCCUUUCUUCAGACACUUUUUAAUAGCAAUCACAUGAUCACUA